AUGUCUAUCGUCCAAGACAAGGAGGGAGCCUUUCUGCGGCUGUGGUACCCGGUGGCCCACGCCGGCGCCGGCGUGAUGAUGGAGCCUGGGGCGCUUUGCUGGUUUGAGCUGGCGACCACCGACCCCGAAUCGGCGGGCGCUUUCUACAGGUCCGUCCUGCAAGUGGACAUUGACCGGGACGAAAACGUGGCAGAAUUCCCCUACUGGGUGCUGAAGGUCGAUAACCAGAUGGUUGGCGGCAUCAUCCAGAUUGGCGAGGACUGGGGGCCGGUGCCACCCAACUGGGGCGUCUAUUUCGGGGUUAACGAGGUGGACGUGAUCGCCGGCAAGGCAAAAGACCUGGGUGGCGGCGUCAUCGUGGAACCCAGGGAUUUGAUGGAGUUUGCGCGAUUCGCCGUUCUCACGGACCGCGAAGGCGCCGUCUUCACGGUAAUCCGGCUCAACGACUGGUAG